AUGCCCCAAACGCUGAGUUCUACCAGUAUGUUUACCCCAUGUGGCUUCAGCCCUCAUCUACAUACUUCAAAAGAAGAUGAACAAGGAGGACUGAUCUUCCAGGAUGGAAACCUUACCUCAGCAUCUCUGGAUGCUCUAAUCCAGCAUCUGAUACCUACCACUGAUUACUACCCUGAAAAAGCCUUUAUCUUUACAUUCCUGCUGAGUUCCAGACUCUUCAUUGAACCCCAUGAGCUUUUGUCCCGAGUUUGUCACAAGUGCAUUGAACAGCAGCGGCUGGAUGACCCUGUGCUGGACAAGGCACGGAUCAGAAAAUUUGGGCCCAAAAUCUUACAAGCAGUAAAACUUCUGCCUGAAGGGGAAGAGGCAAUGAACUUGCUCCUGCCAACCACCAAGAUGCCUUGCAAGCCUUCAGCAUCUGAAGCCUACUGGAAAAAGAUGAAUCAGCUUUUGCAAACCCUGAAUCAGAAGCUUGCAACCCUCAGCCGUGGGCAAGAAGGGAUUGUCAAGAUCAGUCCUGCAGUCUCUGAUAAGCUGGUUGCCUUUAAAAGUAAACCUCCAUCCAUUCAGAGAGAAAUCCUGAGUGUCUGCAGUGACCCCUACACUCUGGCUCAGCAGCUGACACAUGUGGAGCUGGAAAGGCUAAGUCACAUUGGACCUGAGGAGUUUGUGCAGGCAUUUGUACAUAAAGACCCUCUGGAUGGUACCAAGACUUGUUUCAGUGAGCAGAAGAAGACGAGUAACCUUGAGGCCUACGUGAAAUGGUUCAAUAGACUCUGCUAUCUUGUAGCAACAGAAAUUUGCAUGCCUGCAAAAAAGAAACAGCGAGCACAAGUCAUCGAAUUCUUCAUUGACGUUGCCCGAGAGUGCUUCAACAUUGGGAAUUUUAACUCCCUGAUGGCCAUCAUUUCUGGAAUGAACAUGAGUCCAGUUUCCAGGCUAAAGAAGACUUGGUCAAAAGUGAAAACAGCCAAAUUUUUCAUUCUUGAGCACCAGAUGGACCCUACUGGAAACUUCUACAACUACAGAACAGCACUGCGGGGAGCUGCUCACAGAUCCCUCACCGCACACAGCAACAGGGAGAAGAUUGUGAUCCCCUUCUUCAGCCUAUUGAUCAAAGACAUUUAUUUUCUGAAUGAAGGAUGUGCUAAUCGCCUUCCAAAUGGACACGUCAACUUUGAAAAAUUUCUGGAACUGGCUAAGCAAGUGGGAGAAUUUAUAACAUGGAAGCAAGUGGAAUGUCCCUUUGAACAAGACCCUAACAUCAUCCACUACUUACAUACUGCUCCCAUUUUUACUGAAGAUGGUUUGUAUCUGGCUUCCUAUGAAAGUGAAAGUCCAGAAAACCAGACAGAAAAAGACAGGUGGAAAUCCUUAAGAUCCACUAUUUUAGGAAAGACUUGA